AUGGACGACAAGUUGCCCACAAGCCAGCAGUGUGCCCUUGUUGGCAAGAAGGCCAAUGGCAUCCCGGGGUUCAUUAAGAGGAGCGUGGCCAGGAAGCUGGUGGGCAGAUUCUAUGACGAAAAUGGGGCACCGACAGAAGCCUUGAAGCAGGCUGAGGCUGCAAUUGAGGAAGCUCUGAAGUUCCAAGCAGAAAGCGAACAAAGGAAGCAGCAGUUUCCACCCUGCAAUUCUGAAUGGAGCUCUGCUGGGGGCAGCCGAUUCUGGUGCUCCAGACAGAGUGGGGGAGUGAACAGAGACUGGACUGGAGUCCCACGGAAGCUGUACCAACCUGGUUCAAGGGGGAGUCACUGUGUGUGCGUGAGGACCACUGGUCCCCCAUGGGGCCAGCCAGACUCCACCAAGCACAGCAACAGAGGUGACCUGGAUAACCCUCACCUGGAGGAAUAUGAUGGCUGCCAUCCGCUGGCUGAGCAGUGCGUCCUACAGCUGUGACUCCCAGCACUGGAUUCCAGGCAGGUGCAGAGUCCUGCAGCAAAAUGUUACACUUUAGGUGGGCAGUUGCACCUCCAGCUCCAUUCCCUUCCAUCUGUCUGCAUGAUGGUAGCAAUAGCAAUUUCAUGUUAUUUGUGACCUUUGUUUUUUUUAAAGUGGGGAGAUGGAGCUGAGAAAAGGAGGAAACGCUUUAGCAAAGUUAGUGGCUAAAAAAUCAGUAACAGGAUUCUUUCUUAGUGCUUUAUUCCUAUGGUAUUUUUACACCUGGCAACAAACUCUAAGAUGCACAGCCUGGACUAUAUUUAAAAACUGAUUUCUUGUGCAGUCAGGGAAGAGAUGGCUUGCGUGCAUGGCUGGUGGAUGCAGUGUAUUUUGAGGCAGCGAGCACAAGAACCGCAGCGUCACUGACCUUAGUUUAUGCACAGCCCUCCAGGUGGCUUGAACUCUGCCUCCUGCAGUGUAGUGCUAAUGCUCCUUCCCAGGCACCUGGUUUACUCCAAACGGUUUAAAGGUAGCAGGGAGAAGCCUGAAUUUCUUCUGCAAUUAAGGUAUGUGGUAUCUAGGAACUUGUGCAGGUUGUUGUACACAAGCUUUAUCAAAUUCUUGAAGCACAGAAGGCAAAGGUCAUAGCUGUAUUUCCUCAUUUAGUGUUUGUAUUAGAUACCAUGAAAAGAAGAUAUUGGAACCCACGUAUGAGGAUUGUUGUUUUAUAUUAACCUCACCAACCUGGUCCUCUGAUUCACUUUGAAACUACUCAGAUCCGGAAUUGUUAGUUUUAAAUGGGCAAUAACAAAAGCUAUGCAGUAAGACGACCAUCCUGCUGUAAUCUGCCUCCUAUUUCCUUCCCCAUGUAUGACCUCCGCCCAUCAGACUAUAACCUGAGGCUGGGUAUAUCCCCCCAAGGCCCAGCUCCCUUAAACUCCAUACAUAUCUUAUCAUAGCUGGCAAAAUUCUGUUAGAUUUGGUUUCUGGUAUAGCUGCAACCUCAAGAGGGACACCUAGUUUGCAGAAAGCCUAGAUCCAUGCUGAGCUGUGUUCAGUUUUCCUUAAGGCAGCUGCCACCUAUUUAUAAAGAGCCAGGAAGCAUUUAUAAACUCAUUAGUUUUGAGCUACUACCACCUCUAAGGAAAGCCCCACAAAUCUAAGUAAUUAGUUAAUAACUAGUGAGAUUAGAGGUGGCCUGGCAGCAUUGCUUCAAAGCAAGAGUAAUCACUUCAGUGCAGUGACAGCACUUCUCACUUCUGAUGUUUGGAUGAGGCUACAGCUGCCCUGGACAGCAGCCAGGCAGCAAUUUAAAUACAUACAUGCUUAUUAUAAAUAAACAUUUGGGGGGUUGGAGUUGUGGUUUUUUUUUUUUUCCUUAACCUGGUUCUGCUAUUAUUUCUUUUCCACCAUAGUCUUGAAGAGAAGUCCUCCAAGGCACUUUCAGGCAGCUGUGCCAGCUCUUACCAGUUGUCAGUGGGAGCUGUGUGUGUGGAUGAGUGGCAGCAGAGCCAUCACACAGCAUUCCAAUCCCCAGCCACGCUUUUAGAACUGGAAUUCAGCCAUGGGCUUGUGCCAUCUCUGGGCUUGGAGCGGGCCACUUGCUUCACAUGACAAUCCUAAAGAUAAAGCUGUGUAAAAUCUGCAGGAAAGAGCUGCAAAGCACUGCUUUGUUGUUUCCACAACUUACCAGGCAUUGUAAGUGUCAGCAUGUCAUUUGCUUUUGGACACAUCUUUAACAAGAACUUGUGUUUAGAGGUCAAACCAUCCCCAAAAAACAACUGGCAAGAAUCUUUACAAUAGCUUUAAAAGUUGCAGCAAACUCUGGAUUAUUAAAUACUGUAAAAAGUGGUUUGUAAGGGCAAGUCAGGGUCACAAGCUAAGUCCUAGAGAAGGGGGAUCAGCUAUGUAACUUCUGAGCAAGUUUCAUCUUGCUGUAACGCUUGAGCACUAUGCAAAUAGCACUGAAAUGGGCAGGGGAUGGUUUUGAUCUUAAGAGCUACACAAGAAUCAAGCUGCUGCAGGAAGGCAAGAUGGGAUGGUGUUGCUUUAAGUUAAAAUUGGUUGAAGUUGGUUAAAAACCAAUUCACAGCUUAUUCCUCUGUUUAGUGUUUGGAAACACUAGCAGGGGAAAGUUAGCCUUGCACAAGGAAUAAGUCAUCUAUUAAAGCAAACAAGGAGAGUGCCUCACUGACCCAAAGUGCUCCAAGAUUAUUUUGUUUCUACUAGAAUUCAAAAGCUCAGCUAGGUUCUCCCAUGGUAGAAAAGGGUAGGAUGAAAAUAGCAACGGUUACACAGGGGUCAAGUCAACAUAGGCAGCUCACCAUUCAUCCGUACUUCAGUAAGUUUUAUUAAUAAAGACUAAUGCAUCACAAUCUCACCAAGAUGGUUUGGUUUUGCUAUUGCACUGAAGCUUUCCCUUUCCUGAAGUAAAGCUGCAGCAGUUAAUGCUCUUCCAGGAGGCUGAGCUGCCCACCAGCACACAACUAAACACACUGGUAGUAUGUUAACUUUGCAUCAACUCAGCUGAGCUUGUACACUGAAAUGCAUCUGAGCCAAGAACUAAUUUACUCCAUGAAUGCGGGAAAUUAGGAUCAUUUCAGAAAAAUUAUUAUAGGUAAGUCUAGUAUAAGGCAGUGAAGAUGACUAAGGUAUAAACUAGAACACCAGACCCUGUCAGCCAAAACAACAGUUGUAGCAGUUCCACAACAUUAUUCUGUGUUCAGAAAUUAUUCCAGGUAUUCAUUUUAAUGUUGUCAUACCCAAUUGAAUGUUACAUCCCUGGUUUUCCUUGUGGCUUGUAAAGGAUAGCUUGCAGAGGGGGAGCUGUCACUCCACAAGAAGAUACUUUCUUAACAAGGUUUCCAUCUCACAAUGCAUUAUCUAGUUAUGCAUUUUAUUACAAGUAGAAUCAUUACACAACAAAGUAAUGCAUAUUGGAAAAAUACAUUUUUACAAUGACUCCAGACAAACACUGCAGAUAAAAUGCCAUUGUUCUAAGACUUCCUUUUCUAUUUCACAGAGGGUAUUAGAAAGUUCAGAGUUAUUUUUGUCACUCAUUCAAGCUCUGGAGAUGAGUUUGUUGCAGUACCCAACUCUGCUGGUUACAAGAAAAAGAGGACUUGCCUAUUAAUAUUUGAUCUACAAAAAAAAAAUCUAGCCUUGGCCUCCCAUAUUGUUACAUGUUAAUUUAUAAGCACUGCAUGAGAAGUUGUACAAGCCACUGAUCUCUGGCACAGGAAGUCAUUAAGGCAUUAUCAGCUUUUAGCCAGCAACUUGCUAUGCUCUGUUAGUACCUUCAACGCUAAUGUUCUCGCUCCCCUUAGUGGUGUGAAACAGCAACUACACCUUUUUUGGACACACAAAUUAAAACUUAAGCCAGACUGCAUUUUGUGCUUGUGUAAGAGUGCUGGAUGACUGCAAUCAAAAGGAAUCCAGUCGAAGAACAAGAAGCUACAGUAUGAACCACCACAGACUUCCCAUGCAGCCCUGAAGUCUGGUUUGACAGCAUCACUUCCCAGGGACAGAAGUUGGUUUGUUUUCCAUUAACCCUUUUGUUCAAUACUUGGCAGACUUGGGUCUCAAGUUAAUUGAUACCACUUAAAGACACCGGGGUAAGAGGGGUGGGGUUUUUGGUCACAACUGUAGUAUGCUACAGAAAGGAAGAGCAGUUGUUUAUGGAGUUAGAAAUGUGUUGACCACUACUGCACUACCAAGUGCCUCCAUUCACAUUUGUACCCUGCAGCGGAGCAUUGCCAGCAAAACUCCCCCAAAAUCUCAGAGGUCUGAGAGUUCAGGCCAAUACUAGGCAGAGCGCAUAAAGGAGUGAGACCCACCAGUUGUUUGGUGGAGUCAAACUCUUUAGUUGAAGAGCUAGAAGAGAACUAACUUGGGGUUUGGUUCAAGUUGUGAGCUUUUCCCCUUUAACUCUGGGAGAAAGCUAUUUAGAGUUGGCUGGAAGGAAACUAUCUCAAAAGGCACUUUAAAAUUAUCAAAUUUGCUGAAUUUAGUUGCUUUAAAUUUAAUGAAUGCUUCAGACUGUACAUUAGUUUAUUAAUAAACUUAACUUUCCUUUCAGACCUCAGCAAGAAAGCAAGCUGGCACAGUAUUGGCUGUAAAAAGCAAACUAGGAGCAUUACAUAUGGUUUCCCAGGUCAUUCCCAGAGUUUCAAGCAGUUAUAAUAUCCUACUUUUAAAAAGGGCAACUAGCCAGCCUUAAACUUGCCAUUCAGUUAAGCUGAAUUUUCCACCAGAUGUACAUUUUUCAUCAUUUAAAAGGUUGCUUAUUCUGUUGGAACUGAGCUCCCUGUUCCCUCGCCCCUUCCAUCAGAGAAUUCACUGAAAAAGUGAUGUUUAAAUGCUUUAGCAGUUACAUGUUGUGCUGUUUUCCACUUAAGUAGAAGUCUAUGGGCUGUGGCCUUGGAAGAACACUCUUCUACCACUAUCCUUCAGUAUCCUGAGCACACACUUACCACUCCACAGCACUGCAGCUCCAAACCAAGAAGGAAGCCAACAGGUUAUCACAAGAUACACUACAGUCAAGACUUCUUUCACCAAAUGCACUCUCUCUCCAUCAUUGUUAUCUUUCACUGCUAGAGACUUGGAACCAGUGAUAUUCUGAAACAUCAGAAAGCAAUGGACUAGAAGUACAAUGUUUUCCAUCAUCUGUUUAACUCAAAAAAACCCAAACUGUAGUGUGCAUAUAAAUGCUUCGUACACUAUUAUUUUCACCUCAUUCACCUACAAUAUUGUGCCAGAGAUGCACCAUUUGUAUUAGUGACUGUUAGAAAGACCAGCUGUGUUACCCACGGCAUUCUGUUGGAACAUGACAGCAGCAGACAUUAAACAGGGAGGCAAAUUUGUAUUAUCAUCCAUUAUUCUUCUCUAGUGUUAUAAGGGUGAGAUUCCAGUUAUAAUAUAUGCAUAUCGGAAGAUCAAAGUGCAGAUUAAUUGAGACUUGAUGUGAAAUUCAUCGUGCAAGUGUCAGCAGUUACACCCUCUCCCAUCCUUUUCUUGUACAAGUCUGAUAAAAACCUCAAACCAGUCUCCCAUAAAAGCAGCGGUCUGGUUUAUCAUCUCAUCCUACUCUAAGACUGACAAGUCACUACUCCAAACAGGGCAACACAAACUGUCCACUGGAGAUAACAGUCAUUAAAUAAAUGCACACCAGUUCAUGGAGUAGAUAUGAGGAGUGCUGAGUUGAGUCUAAACUAGGUUCAUCUCCUGGGAUGAAAACAGCCUUAAUAUGGCAUGUAGUUUUGCCUAAGCACACAUUUUUUCCUGACCGAAGCCUCUGCCUACUAAAUCAUAACCUUAUCUAUCAGCCAAGAACUGUUUACCUAGACAGACAAUGUGGUCUUAAGAUUUUUACAGAUUCAGCAUGUUUGAGAGCACAACCAGCCUAGAU